AUGGUUUUAUCGGUUUCAAAGAGAAAGUCAAGAUCUUCAAAGAAAGAAGAUCAUGGUAUCUUCUUCUGUACCAAUCUUUUUUCUACCUUCUUCAGAUCCAUUCUCUAUCUAGCUCUUAUCACAAUUCUCUUCGUCGUUCUUACCUAUCUCUGGCUAUCUUUCACCACUUUAAUCUCCGACAACGUCCUCCAUAUCUGUGUUUUCUCUCGGAAGCUUAACGAUCCUUAUUGUCUCACGGCUGGUUCUAAACCCGGUUUUCAAGUUCCCAUCAACCUUACAACUAAAAGUGAUGUUCUUAGUAAAGACGAAGAGAGUGGUUCUGAAAAGAAUGAUAGGUUUUCCGGAGCGAUCCCCGGAGAUACAAACAAGAUUCUUGGCAGUCAAGAUGAAAGCUUAAGUAAUGAUGAUAAAGAUGGAGAAAUGGGUUCUGGAAAAAGUUCAAUUUUCGCCGAAGAGACCGCCGGAGAUAGAAUUUCCGAGCAUGAUGUUCUUGAUCAAGAACACAAACCCAAAAAUCUUGAUUCAGUUCUUGAUCAAGAACACAAACCCAAGAAUCUUGAUUCACUUCUUAAUAAUAAAGAUGGAGAAAUGGGUUCCCAAAACAACGAUACUUUGGCCGGAGUGAAGGAUGGAAAUAGAGUUCCCAAUGAUCCUCCCACCAAGAUUUUUGAAAGUGAAGAUAAAAAGGAGUAUGAUGCUCUUGUACUAGAAGAUAAACCCAAGAAUCUUGAUUCAGUUCUUGAUCAAGAACCAAAACCCACCAACAAGGUCGAUAUUGACCUAAAAGCCGAUGAAGAAUACGACAAAUACAUCAAACCCAAGAGUGAAGGACAAGGAUAUGCCUUAAGGGCAGUGAUCAAGUAUCUUUACCUGCAAAGAUCAUGGCUAUCUCUGGGAAACGACAGCGUUAAUAAACCGCGAUCAUGUGAAGGUAAAGGAGUUUACGUUUAUGAUUUACCGUCGAAAUUCAACAAAGAUUUGUUGGUAGAAUGCAACGAUAUACUUCCAGGGGUUAACUUGUGUAGUUACUUCAAGAAUGAAGGCUUCGGAGAAGCUAUUGAGAAUCUUGGCCAAGGUUGGUAUGGAACACACAUGUAUUCUCUUGAGCCGAUCUUACAUUCUAGGUUUUUGAAGCAUCCUUGUAGGGUUUACAACGAGACCCAAGCUAAGCUCUUUUACGUCCCUUACUAUGGCGGUUUUGAUGUUUUGAGAUGGCACUAUAGGAAUGUUUCUGAUGAUGUAAAGGACCGGUUUGGGAACGAGGUUUUAAAAUGGCUUGAAUCAAAGGAAUCGUGGAGAAGACACGCCGGAAAAGAUCAUGUGUUCGUCUUAGGAAAGGUCACUUGGGAUUUCAGGAGAGUUAAUGUUCCUUGGGGCUCAAGGUUCCUUGAGUUACAAGAAAUGCAAAAUCCUACCAAGCUUCUCAUCGAAAGACAACCAUGGCAGGUCAACGACAUCGCCAUUCCCCACCCUACUUACAUACAUCCCCAGACAGAUGAAGACAUCGUUAACUGGCAGAUCAAGAUCAUGACCAAACCUCGCCGGAGUCUAGUAAGCUUCGCCGGAGGUGCAAGACCCGAUAACCCUGAUAGCAUCAGGUCAACGCUAAUCGAGCAAUGCAUAUCUUCCGACGAACAAUGCCGAUUCUUGAGUUGUACAAACGGGAGCUGCAAGAAUCCGGAGAAUGUGAUUGAGUUGUUCCAAGACUCAGAGUUUUGUCUGCAGCCGCCGGGAGACAGCGCAACGAGGAGAUCGGUCUUCGAUUCUUUAAUUUCCGGUUGCAUUCCGGUGAUCUUUAAUCCGUACACGGCUUAUUAUCAGUACGCGUGGCAUCUUCCGGAAGAUCAUCGUAGAUACUCAGUGUAUAUAAGUGAAGAAGAUGUGAAGGCAAAUAGAGUAAAUGUGGUGGAGAAACUAAAGGCAAAGACUCUAAAGGAGAAAGAGGAUAUGAGAAGUUACAUUAUUCAUCAGCUUUUGCCUGGUUUAGUCUAUAGAGACUCCAAUGCUAAGUUUGAGAAGUUUCGAGACGCUUUUGAUAUUACUUUUGAAAGUUUAGUUGAGAAAAUCAACAAAUCGAAAUAA